AUGAAGUCCUCCAACUUGCUGGCGCCGCUGGCCGGCCUCUCCUCUCUCGCUCAUGCUGCCUAUCAACUCAACCUAGAUAGUGUCGAUUCGGUCAAGGAAGUCACAUCGCUUCUCGCCCACGACAUGAUGACAUACUACCACGGAAACGAGACUGGUGGCACACCAGGCCUUCUACCAGGCCCUUGCGCUUCGUUAGAAUGUUACUACUGGUGGGAGGCUGGUGCCAUGUUUGGUGCUCUCAUAAACUAUUGGCAAUAUACUGGCGAUGACAGUUACAACCAAGUCGUUUCACAAGGACUGCAGUUCCAACGUGGCCCAGAGGAGAAUUUCAACCCCCCCAAUCAAUCCAAGAAUAUGGGUGUUGACGACCAGGCUUUCUGGGCCUUUGCCGCUCUUGAUGCUGCUGAGGCUGGUCUACCUGACGCUGGUGGUAAUAACCCGUCUUGGCUAGCACUUGCCCAAGCUGUAUUCAAUUUCCAGACCAAUCUAUGGGACGAAAAGGCAUGCAAAGGUGGAUUGCGCUGGCAGGUAUACUCCUUCAACGCUGGUUACAAUUUGAAGAACACCAUUUCGAACGGUGGAAACUUUCAGCUUGCGGCUCGUCUCGCACGUUAUACCGGCAACCAGACCUACGCAGAUUGGGCCGGAAAGGUGUGGGAUUGGAUGGCUCAAUCGCCUCUUUUUGAGGAGGGACCGAACAUGCUUUACAUCUGGGACAACACUGAUACGAACAAUGGCUGCAUCGACACCGAACGUCACGCCUGGACUUACAACUACGGAACCAUGCUGGUGGGCGCUGCUUACCUCUACAACUUCACCGAAGACGCUGUAUGGGCUACUCGAGCCCAGCAUAUAUUAGAGGGUGCCUUUUCACUAUUCUUUCCCCAGACAAUCGAUGGAGUACAAGGCGCCAAUCUUGGUGGCAACGUCAUGACCGAGUUCCAGUGUGAGCCGACGAGUGUAUGCAACAACGAUCAGAGCAGCUUCAAGGCCUAUCUAUCCCGCUGGAUGGUUGUCACAGCGCAACUGGUCCCCCAACUUAGGGAUCAAAUCAUGCCAAAGCUGAAGACCAGCGCGGAGGCCGCGAUGAGCCAGUGCAUAGGAGGCAAUAACGGCCGCAUGUGCGGCAGGCAGUGGUAUUCCAGCACCUGGGACGGUAGCAGUGGUGUUGGCCAACAGAUGACUGCGCUCGCCGUCGUAGGCGCCAACAUCAUCGGAGACGAUAUGGUGCCGCUAACGGCUGAGAACGGUGGAAAGUCCUCCAGUGAUCCUAACGCCGGCGCCAGCGCGCCCACAUUCCCGCACGACAAUGCUAGGAAGAUCACAACGGCUGACCGAGCAGGGGCUGGAAUAUUAACCGUGCUGGUCAUUUCGGGCAUGGUAGGAGGCGCUUGGUGGUUAGUGCGAUAA